UCUAUAUUUAUUCAACGGAAGUAGGUUCUGCGCAUGUGUGAUCCCAUUCUAGAGUCUUCGCAACAGGGUCCAAAACACAUGAGAAAUAUCCCGUGUUCAUCGGCAGUACGUGGCACCAGUGGUGUUUUGUGAUCUACAGAGCUUCAGAUUCUUCAUUUUCGGCGGCCUCUCUGAGCCACAGUCAUGGUGUGCAUUCCCUGUAUUGUGAUUCCUGUCCUGUUGUGGGUCUACAAGAGGUUCCUGGAGCCUUUCCUCUAUCCUUUCAUUUCACCGAUUAUUAACACAUUCUGGACCAAAAAAGCGGUCCAGGAGACAGGCACUAGUGACCAAAAAGUUAGUGAAAAGAGUAAUGGGACUUCCAAGCCUGAAAGCAAUGGUGAGGUCACUGCCAAUGGAUCUACUAUAGCAGCAGAUAAGAAGACAGAUUGACAGCUCCAAAUGUUUAUGAUGCAUCUAAAACUGUGUAAAUAUUCCAUUAAUAUAAUAUAGAGAAACUAUGAAUUAAGUUAUGUCUUCUUUGAAUAGAGUGGUUUUUAUAACCUUCCAUAUUGUGUGUACCUUGUUUUUAAUUUUUUCAGUUAUAUUACAGUAACUUUGGGUAUUGUUGAUAUAUUUUCCUCAUUAGCCAUGAAUUGAUACAUGCAUUUAAUUAAAUAUUCAAUCUCAAUGAAAGUUUUUCUAAGUCAGACUUGAAGUGUAAUGAAUAUAAGAAAACCUUCAAAUUAAAGAAGAUUUAUUGAUUCCAUACUAAGCUGUGCUUCCACUUCAACUAGCUUGCUUAUUUCAUACUGUAAAGUCAUUAAGGAAUUGUUUGUAUUCUAUAUUUUAAACAAGAUAAAUGUGACAGCAAUAUUAUACCUGUAUUAAAAUUGGUUCAAGAUUGA